AGUUUCCCCUUACACCCCACAGAGCUGCCACCCUCCGAGUUCAUGCAGGUGGCGGAUUCCACAUGGCUGGUGCUCAGCGUGGUCUCCAACGGCCGGGCACCCUCUGGCAGCCAGGCCACUGGUGUCACCAAGAUCGCCCGCUCUGUCAUCGCGCCGCUGGCCGAGCACCAUGUCUCCGUGCUGAUGCUCUCCACCUACCAGACUGACUUCAUUCUGGUGCGGGAGAGGGACCUGCCUGUGGUGAUCCACACGCUGGCUGGGGAGUUCGACAUCUACAAGGAGGAGAGUGGCGAGUGUGUCCCUGUCUCCUGUGAUGACGUGAGCAAUGGCUUCCUCAAGUCCAAGCCGGCCACCAGCCCCACGCUGCACCCCGUGCAGAGUCCCCAGACUCGCUUCUGCAUCCUGACUGUGGCCCCCGACACGCUGCCUGCCAUUGCCACCAUGCUCAUUGAUGUCCUCUUCUACUCCCACAGCCCCCCAAGGGAGGCUGGAGCCAGCAGCCAGGACCUCGACUCCAUCACCUUCUUCGCCUUCUCCCUCAUUGAAGGCUACAUCUCCAUUGUGAUGGAUGCCGAGACCCAGAAGCGGUUCCCAAGUGACCUUCUGCUGACCAGUUCCACGGGGGAGCUGUGGCGGAUGGUGCGGAUCGGUGGGCAGCCUCUCGGCUUUGAUGAGUGUGGCAUCGUGGCACAGAUCGCCGAGCCACUGGCCGCCGCCGACAUCUCAGCCUAUUACAUCAGCACCUUCAACUUCGACCAUGCCUUGAUCUCACAGGCAGAGGGGAAGCUGAAGCAUGAAGGGAUGGACUUGAGCCCAGGGCUGGAGAUGCUUCUGCCAUGCCACCACGGCACCUCCCAGACAGGUGUGGAGAGAGAAGGAAUUCUCCUGCCUCCUCCACCCCUUCAGGCCUGCCCUGGGCACAGCCCUCCCUGCUCCAGGCCCACUUCUGCCAGGGGACACCCCAAGGAAGAGGAGGUGGAGGCAGCUGGUGGAGGAAGCAGUGCCAGCCCCACUCUUGCAGCAGGGAGUCCUGCACAGGGAAGAGUAGUCAUUUGGGGAAAUGUUGGGGAAAGACAAUCUUCGUUCUUCUGGAACUUCUGGUGGUCACCGAAAUCAACUGGCUUGCGACACAGCUCAACAGGCUGAUCCAAUGCAUCUGCUUGGAUGGAGCAGGAAAAGCCAGCACUGGUGCCAAGCUCCUGUCAGACUCCAUCUCCUGGGAAAGGAGAACUGAGAAGGGUAAUGGGGUUUGCACUGGGUGCUGCCGGCAGCACCAAGGCCAUGCCAGGCCCUGUGGCAGCCCUGACUGGGACCACAUAAGCUGGGUUUUCCCAUGGUGGUAUUGCAUAAGAGUGACGCAGCAGUGAGGGCACUGCUGCCCGCACAAAGCUUCCGCUGCCCUCAGCCCUUGUGCCCUUGGGCAACACCCAGGGCCCCAUGUGGGUCCUGCUGUGGCUGUAUGGCACCAGGAAGUUGCAUUUCCUCCCAUGGGGCUCCUAUGGGUGCUGCCAGGCAGAGAGGUUGCACUGUCCCCUCUGUGGCCAGCACCCAAAUUUGUCACCCUGAGGGGUGGGUGGGUGUGAGCAGGCAGAGCAUCUGCCAUGCUGGGAUGCUCCCUACUUCCCAGCCUUCCACUUCCCCUCUUCCCAGGCCGGAUUUUCAGCUCCCACAGCUGGACUUGGGUUGCAAAGACCUCCGUGAUGAGACGUACAUGUCCCCACAUGGCCAACAUCCCCAGUUACCACUGCCACCAUUGUCUUGCUCUUGUGCUUUGAGGCAGCUGAGGCCGUUUCUGGUUCACCCAGCCCACUGGGCACCAAGCAGCAGGACUGGGGUGACUUGAUGCGGCCCUUUCCUGAGAAGCCAGGUCAUGGGGUUCCAGCAGCAGCGGCAGGGCUAGGUGUGAGGUGAUCGGAGGGACCAGGCACUCCUGGGGCUGGACCUACGGAGACUCCCUCGAGGAACUGAAUCGAAGAACAUCCCCAUCGCCCGCCUGGCAUCAUUUCCUCCCGCCGGGGCGGCUCGCCCUGCUUAUUGGCCCCCAGGGCACGGCUUCACUUCUGGCUUGCCUUUC